AUGAGGACGUAUUUUAUGUCCCAAAGCCUAUGGGAUAUUGUCGACAAGGGAUAUACUAUUCCCGAAGACCUAUCGGCUUUGUCUACAACUGACAGAGCAAAGUUCAACAAAGAGAUGGAGAAGGAUAACUUGGCCCUCUACUCACUACAGAUGGCUAUGGCAGAGUCCAUAUUUCCAAGAAUCAGUGGAGCUCAAACAUCAAAGGAGGCUUGGGAUAUUCUUAAGGAAGAAUAUCAUGGGAGUGAGAAGGUACGUCAUCUCAAAUUACAAACUCUUAGAAGAGAUUUAGAGAAUAUGACAAUGAAAGAAUCUGAGACCUUAAAGGAUUACUAUACUCGGCUAAGAGAGAUAGUAAAUCAAUUAAAAGCCUAUGGAGAACCUAUUACUGACACAAGAGUUGUUGAAAAAAUUCUAAUCACUCUCCCAGGCAAAUUUGAUCCAAUUGUUACGACAACAGAAGAAACUAAAGACCUAAGUAAGUUGUCGGUAACUGAAUUAAUAGGCUCACUUGAAGCUUAUGAGAAAAGAUUGAGUAUGCGCCAAGAUGAACCUGCUGAAAAUGCAUUUCAGUCUAAGCUAAACGUACGGUCUCAAAAUUCUCAUAUUCGGAGGAAAAUUUUUGAAGAAAAGAAAAAGAAAAAUGAAUCAUGUGAUGGUGGAAAGAAAAAAUAUUCACCCUGCGGGAUCUGCAAAAAGACGAGCCAUCUAGAAAAAGAUUGUUGGUUUAAAAACAAACCACAAUGCAAAAACUGCGAGAAGUUCGGCCAUGAAGUAAAAGAUUGUCGCCUUCACAAAAAAUAUCAAGCUAGUUUUUCAGAAGAAAAUGAGUGCGAAGAGAAUAUAUUUUACGCCUGCCACGUUGCAUCAGAAGUGAAGAAUGAAGCUUGGUUUAUAGAUAGCGGAUGCAGCAAUCAUAUGACCGGAGAUGAGAAGCAAUUCAGAGACAUCCACAGAACAAUCAAAUCUCAAGUUAAGCUUGGGAAUGGAGAACUUGUAGAUGUUGACUGCUAUAGUUCCUUUACCUUCAACAUCUACAAGUUCUGA